UCAGAGAAGUUUAAUCUCUCCAAGAAACCAGUCCAGUAUCAAGUUUUACAGCAUCCUUUCACCAUGUUGGAGAGCAUGUCUCGGAGGAAUCGCUCCUUGCUGUCUCUCUCACUGACCUCUCUGGCCCUGGCGCUCUCUGUGCUGGCCUUCUGCACCUCAUACUGGUGCGAGGGCACACACAAAGUGGUCAAACCUCUCUGUUUGUCGCCUGUCAAAAUGAAGAACUGUGGACAGAACAACAGCCAGCCUUAUGCAAGUGAGGGCCCUACACCGGACCCUAAGAAACUAGACUCCAAUGCUACGAUGUCCCCAAAGCAGAAGGAGGAACUGGCCCAUAUUACAGCCAAGAAGCUGGAAAAUGCUGUCCACUACAUCUGGGAGACGGGAGAGGACAAAUACAUGCAGCGCUACUUUCACACUGGUUUCUGGCUGUCCUGUGAGAAACACAGUGAUGACUCUGGUGAGAAAUGUCGAAGCUUCAUUGAGCUGACCCCUGGAGAAACACAAGGCGUUCUGUGGCUUUCAGUGAUAUCUGAGUUUGCAUACAUCAGUUUGCUGGCAUUGGGUUUCCUACUCAUGUGGAUGGAAUUGUUGCUGCUGUGUCUGAAUAAGGAAAUGUAUGCACUCAAGAUCAAUGCUUUUGCUGCCAUCUGCACCGUCCUCUCCGGUAUGAUGGGAAUGGUGGCACAUAUGAUGUAUACAACAGUAUUCCAGAUGACGGUCAGCAUUGGGCCCAAAGACUGGAGACCUCAGACUUGGGACUACGGCUGGUCAUUUGCUAUGGCAUGGGUCUCCUUUAGUUGUUGCAUGGCAGCAGCUGUAUUCACCCUGAACUCUUACACCAAAACCCUGAUCGAGAUGAAGCACCGUGCCCGAAUCCAUCUUGAGGAGGCUCGCACCGCCAGCCAUGCUCCUCCUUACGAUGAGGUCAUCAUGGCUGGUGGCGGGAGCCUCUACUCUGUCAGCCGACUGGUUCAGCACUGCCAGAAGGGGACACUCAUGGACACCACGUGGCCCCCCAAAGAGAACAUACCUGGUGGGUCUUUGUUGGAGAUGGCGAAUCCGCAUGGACUGGUACUGGUGUCGGGUUGCGGAACGGAGGGAUGCGAAGACUGCGAGAGAGAAAUGGAGGAAAUGGAACGUGCUUUAGAGAGGGAAGAAAGUGAAGGUGAAGAUGAAAUGUUCUGAGAAGG